CAAGCUGGCCUCCCCAGCCCCCUCCCUGCCCCCGGACCCAGACCUGGACCCGGACCCGGACCCUGAGCCCGACCAGUGGCACACCCACGAAGAGCAGUAUGUGAGCGAGGGCGAGUUCAGCCAGCAUGACACACACCCGGCGCCGCCCGACUGCAGGGAUGCCGAGACCAUCACAGUAUUGGUGUCGGCAUUCAACAACCCAACACAACAAGGUCUUAUUGGGGAAUGGGCUGAGACUGAGGAUGUGUGCAACAGUACUGACCUGCCAGAGUUUGAGAUCAUCAGUCUUCUAGAGGAGCAGCUGCCGGUGUACCGGUUGCGGGCUGACACCGUCUACGGCUACGACCACGAUGACUGGCUGCACACUCCCCUCGUCGCACCGGAGGCCAGGCUCGACCUGACCACCGAGCAGAUCGAAGAGACCCUCAAAUACUUCUUGCUAUGUGCAGACAGAGUAGGCCAGAUGACGAAGACCUACAAUGACAUCGAUGCUGUCACACGUCUGUUGGAGGAGAAAGAGAGAGAUUUGGAGUUGGCUGCAAGAAUUGGCCAGUCGCUUCUUAAGAAGAACAGAACUCUGACGCAGCAGAAUGACUAUCUGGAGGAGCGAGUGGCACAAAUCACAGAAGAGGUGGCCCAGCUGCACCAUGAGCUGAACCUGAAGGAUGAGCUGCUGCAGUUUUACACUAAUGCAGUUGAGGACAGCGAGGAUGAGUCCAGCAGCUCCCCGACGGGUAAGAAAAGUAAAGUGGAAACAGCUUCAGAAGGCUUUUUGAGCGACACUCUCCAGAGGAAACUCAAAGAUCUGGAAGAAGAGAACCUGUCGCUCCGCUCAGAGGCUAACCAGCUGAAGUCAGAGACUGAAACAUAUGAGGAAAAGGAGCAGCAGCUUGUCAAUGAUUGUGUGAAAGAACUCAGGUUGUCCAGUCUCCAAAUCUCUGCCAUAGCGGAGGAAUUGGCUCGUAAGACUGAGGAUGCUUCCCGACAGCAAGAAGAGAUCACACACCUCCUCUCUCAGAUAGUAGAUCUGCAAAAGAAAGCCAAAUCUUAUGCGGUGGAGAAUGAGGAGCUUUCUCAGCACCUGGUGGCAGCUAAAGAUGCCCAAAGGCAGCUUACAGCAGAGCUCCAGGAGUUGGAGGAGAAGUAUUCAGAGUGUAUAGAGAUGCUGCAUGAAGCACAGGAGGAGCUGAAGAACCUAAGGAACAGGAACUACCCUGCAGGAACCCCUCGACGCUACCAUCCCUUGGGACUGUACCCCAUGGAUUCUCUGGCAGCUGAGAUUGAGGGAACAAUGAGGAAGGAGUUGAGUCUGGAUGACCCUGAGUGCGAGGAACAGAAAAGCCAUCAGAAGCGUGUGUUUGAGACGGUUAAGAACGUCAACCAGACAGUCCGUCAGCGUUCUCUGACUCCAACCAAUGCCAACAUCCCGGGCUCCAACCAGUCUCUGUCAGCUCGUACAUCACCCCAGUCCAGCGGCCUCUCCACACCUCACUCCAGCAUGUAUGGAGGUGACAUCAGCGGAGACAGUAUUGCCCUUGACAACCGAACGCAGAGCAUCCUGAUGGAGACGGCAUCCAAUCAGGAUAGCAGCACAGAGGGCCGAGAGAAGAAGGCCAGCGGAGCUGAGGACCUGCGGCUCGCCCUGCGCCGUCUGUCUCUGCGUCGACAAAACAACCUGAGCGAGAGGCGCUUCUUUGAAGAGGAGAGGGUUUGGAGACGGGGAGGACAUGGAGGUCUACAUGAUGCCCUGGGCCAGGAGAGUGUGAUGACUCCCUCAGAAAGCAUCAUGUCCCUUGGGAACCUCCACAUUUGGGCCUCACGAGGGCCCUACCUCCCUGACAAACUCCAGAUCGUCAAACCGCUUGAAGGCUCUGCCACCCUGCAUCACUGGCAGCAGUUAGCCCAGCCUCACCUCGGUGUGAUUCUGGACGCCAGGCCAGGAGUCGUGCCAAAGGGCUACAGACCCCUGGAACUAGAGCUGGAGCAGGUAUAUCCAUGGGGUGGCUUUGAGGAGGAAGACCCAGGGGAGCAAUACUUCCAGAAUCUGCCCACCUCCUCAGCCUCUGCCUCACCAGCCGUGCCCUCCACCUCCAGCACCACCGGUGACACCAACCUCGGGCAGCCUCCACCCAGCAUCGCUCCACCUUCUCCACCCUCUCCAUCCCCAUCGCCGCAUCUCAGCAACACUGAUGUCCUGGCUGCAUACUACCCAGGUAAAUGUAUGGCCCACACCAGCUCAACCUACACCUUCACAACCUGUCGGAUCCUCCACCCAACUGAUGAGCAGACACGGGUCACGCCAAGUCUAAACCCAGUCCCAGCGUCGUCCUCCUGUGUGAUGACCAGCACUCUGUUGGGCACUCCUGCUGCUACACCCUGCACACCCCGCAGGCUCAGUCUCAGGCCGUCCGAAUCCUCAACUAACCUCAGAGAUGCAACACGCACAACCAGCACCUCCCUGGGGUUAGUGCGCCUUCUCCAAGAGAGAGGGAUCUCAGCAGCUGUGUAUCACCAGAGCCAUGGCCUGGAUCACGGUCAGGGCAAUGGAGGAGUCUUAUUCAGCACCUCCAUCGCUCCUAACCGAGCGCCCGACCAACGACCCUCAACACCUCCUAACUCGCCCACAGGACAGGGAGCUUCAGCUGUGCCAACCCCCGCGGGCUUCGACUUCAAGAGCCCUUCCUACGACAACUUCCUGGCCUCUAAACCGGCCCGCUCUAUUCUGAAGGAGGUGACAGGGAGGAUGAGGGGAAGGCAGAGAGGGAGGGAUUGUGAAAGCCAGACGGACGUUAGCGUAACUGUCCACAACCUCAACCUGCUGGACAAGGUGAAGCGCCUGGGUGUGGCUGGAGCUCCAGGGGGCAGAGCAAUGAGUCCCAGCCCUAUCCUGGGGCCUCUGGGUGGGCUGCGCAGAUCCGGCUCUCCUUUUGGGCCCGAUGGAAUGAGGAGGAACCGGAGUUAUCCAGCCAUGGUUGGGGCCAGCAUGGCCAUGAAAGCCCCGGGGCCCCAGGAGUAGUCUGGACUACUGCAGGCCAUUAGGAUAGCCAAGUAGGAGCCAGGCAGGGCCAAAGGCUGACUGUUGAGCAGUCACCUGGAGCCCAAACACUGACUGACACUGUUCAUACUGUACAUUGUGGCACUACUGACCAGUUUCUAAUCACUACUGUGGUUCCACAUGGACACUAUCCACUCUUUAGUGCUUUUAGGUGGUGACUCAUGCUUGAGAAUAACUUAAAGGGUUGGUUCACCCAAAAUACAAAAACCUCCUCUGAUAUGUAGCCACGCAGAUAGUUUUGGAUUUAUGUGCCUGUAUUAUGAGAUAUCUCUGAAAUAGUCUCAGAGGUUUCUCAUUACAACAGAGAUGAAAGGAAUUUCAUUUUUGUUUUUCAGAGCAUUGAACAAUUACUUUUAAAAUGUUCAACUUGUCUUUCCAGAAAGUGUCCCUGUUACACUGGAUAAUCCACAGGCCUCACUGUGAACAGUUUUCAUUAGAAUUACUUUCUACCAAUUUAUAGAAAAGUUCAUCAUUUUGGGAAAUAAUGCUUACUUUGUGGGAGUUAGAUGAGAAGAGCCACCCUCAUGUUUGUCUGUUAAAGUUCCCCUCCAGACACAUUUUAAAGUAUGUAAAACCACCUGUGUGUUAGGUUGACCGUUGCCGGUGAGAGCAUGGGUGUGGGUGAGAGACAUACAUCCAUGGUGAGAGAGAGGUGCGUGUCAGGAUGGCUAGAGUUAGAGGAAACAUUGGAGAGAUUCAGCCAUACAUGUUUGGGCCUCAGUCAGACCCAGAUGAGGAAUCUGUUGUGCACCAAAAUCAGAUAUAUCAGAAUGGUAAAUAUAGUUAGGGUUAGGGUUUUUAUUUGUUGUUGUUAUAUGUUGUAUGUUGUUAGCUUGUUAGCUUGUAACUGGCAAUGGCUGAAACAGCGUUAGUGGUUGUGAAACAUACAAUAAUAUCUGCUAAGAUGUUACAGUGUGUUCACAUUGUUAUUACAUAAUGUUAGUAGUUAGUGGAAGGAAGCUCCAGGGUCCGGUUUACAUCCAAAAACUGCACACUCUACCAUGUUUGCUGUCAAACUGUUCACUAUGUUAGCUAAGUGCAAACUCUCACUCUCUGUACUGACAAGUCCGCUCUGCGCUGGAGGUGACAGGUCUCUUUGCCGGUGGCAUUGUGACUGGCUUUCGGAUUUGUGACAUCCCACAUCUAGCUUGCCCGGAGUACGUUUCAAUCUCAGAUUUAGGGAAGUUUACAGACAUCUCCCCCUUCAGUAGAGAAAUGUGAAAACACCUCUAGAGUUGCUUGUAGGUAGAUUUUUGAACUUUGUAGAGAGCCAGGCUAGCUGUUUCCCCGUUUCAAUCUUUAAGCUAAUUGUUGGAUUACCAUUAAAUUUGGUACAGACAUUCAUGCCACCUUUAGGAUGAAUUUGAAUAACUUUGGUGAUCCUCUGACUUUUCCUCUAGGGCCAUCAGGUCAGAAUUUUAUUUUGUCCAAUGCUUUUUCCCCCCAAAUACUUGUAAAAUUAAAAACAUUCCCAUUAGCCUUAGCAGUACUUUGGUGUUAGUGCUAAUUAGCAAAUCUUGCAUUCUAACACGCUAAACUAAGAUGGUGAACAUGUACCAGCUAAACAAUCAGCAUGUUCAUUGUCAUUGUUAGCUAGCUGAUGUUAGUAUUUAGCUCAAAGCACCACUCACAGAGCCACUGUACUGUAGACUCUGUUUGCUUUGUUAGUUUUGAUGCAGAUAUCUAAAAAUCUGGUCACAUAAAAUCAAUUUUAUGUACUUCAAUUUUUUGUAAUUGGGUGAACUGACCCAUUAAAAGCUGAAUCUCUUGAAAGAGAGAUAUUAAGAUAUCUGUCUGGUAAAAAUCCACCCACCGCUGUCCACUCACAUCCCUUGCUUUGGAGACUGACUCUGCUGGCUAGAUGUAGUACUCCCACUCUUGCCUUUUCUGAAACACAUCCACAAAAUCCCACACACAUCCAGACAUACACAGGUGCACUCAGUUAAAUCUGCCAUCCCACUAGUUGGCUAUUUGUAGUCGCUGUAGCAUUACACCAUGCCUUUCUUCUUCUCUAUUAUUGGAUUAAGAUCCACCUUUUAAAAAUGAUUUAAAAAAAUUACACCAAAUACGCUACAUGAAAAUAUGCCAUCCUUACCCUCACUCUCUCCCCUCAGUCUUACCCCUACCUAAAUCCCUCCUGAAGUGAUUAGGUGUGAGUCUGACAAGUCACUUUCAACAAAUCAUUAAAUAGAUUUUAUGUCAGUAUUAAAGAUACUUUGGUUUAGUUUCCUAAUUGGCUAUUAGACAGGGAAGUUGAUGGUGCUUCCACUGAACUGGACGGAUCGAUACGCUGAAGCCGCAGCUCACAAAGAGAACGGAGAGAGGGAGGAGGAAAGUGAUUCUGGCUAAUCAGCGGUCGUGGUCGGAAGCUUUCGGAGAAAUGAAGCAACAUAGUGCCUCGACCAUUUGUUUUUGAUGAUAUAUGUUCUUCAUGUGUUGGAUUAAAGGUGUGAAAGAGCUUUCACAGCCAUUAUUGCACUUGUUCAUUUAUUUUCAAAUCCUAUGAAUUUAAACAAAUAAAAAUGAUGUUGUCUCACAUGUGCUCACUGUAUAUACUGUUCAUUGUCACUAACUUAUCAGUAAUGAUGACAUGCUUAUAAAUGACUCUCUAUGUGUAGUGCAUAACCAGGAACUACAUAUCACUGCAAGUAUUGGGGUGAGCAUGUAAUAAGGGUUUUUUUCCAAAUAAAAAUUCAAUAAUCAAACCAUAA